AUGGUUCAGCAUCCCAGACUCAACUCCGGCACCAGUGCGUCGUCCUACGGCGCCGUGGCCACCGACGCGCCGCCCAAGGACUUCACGCCGAGCCCUCGCCGGCGCCUCACGCAAUGGUACAUCAACAUGGCGCUCAUCAACUUCGUCGAGUUCUCGGCCGAGUCCUCGCGCGGCGUCGUGCUGGCCACGCUCUUCCUCUACAACAAGUCGCUAGGCGGAGACCUGGCCUUCAUGGGCCUGCUCACGUCGCUCUUCUCGGUGGGGAGACUCAUCUCGUCCACGGUUUUCGGCUGGAUGUGCGACCACUACUCGUUCCGCUCGGUGUAUCUCGUGUCGUCGGGUAUCUGUCUGCUGGGCAACCUCAUCUACCUCAUGGCGGACAUCCACGUUGCGGACAGCCUGACAGUGCUGGCUGCAAGUCGGUUCAUUGUCGGCUUCGGAGCUGGCAACCGCAGCGUCUGUCGUGCAAAUGUUGCGGCCAUGACCACCAUCAACCAGCGCCUGCGCUACCUCACGAUUCUGGCGACGGUUGUCUUCCUCGGCUACGCGCUGACGCCGGGACUCGGUAGCCUCGUGGCUGAUGUGGACGUGUUCUUCUGCGGCGUUCACUUUAACAAGUUCACGUCGCCCGGCAUGAUCCUCGUGAUCUUCAACCUACUGACGAUCUUCGCCAUGCUGACUACGUAUGAUCAGUCCAUUGGCAUCCACGACGGCCCGCUCGAGUCCCCGAACACGGCGGCCACGAAGAACACGCUGUCGGACCUGACCUCCAUGCCCGAGCGCAUCGUGAACAUUGGCGCUAUGGUGUUUAUCUUCCUGAACUUCACCGCGCGUGGCAUCCUGUCCGUGUUCGAGACGGUGAACAUUCCGUUGUUCCUUCAGGUGACGGGCAGCGACCCUGACAGCGUCGUUGCGGUUGUGGACGCCUCCAACUUCCAGUUUUACCUCGGCCUGCUGGGCCUCGUGUCGUACUUCUCCAUUGAGUACUUCCGCAAGAGUAUUACGGAUGUCAACUGGGUGCAGCUCGGAUUCAUGUUCCUGCUGUCGGGCAAUGUCCUGCUGGCGGUGCUGCCCGCUUCGUUGACGUUUGGUCGUCUCGCGUUUGCGGAGCUGCUGGUGUGGAGCAUUGGCUGCCCGAUCACGACUGCGGUGGUGGUGGCUGCCUUCUCGAAGCUGCUUGGUGGACGACCGCAGGGCACUCUCAUGGGCCUUCUUGGCUCGGCUGGCUCGGUGUCGCGUAUUAUUCUGCCGCUGUUGCCUGCGGCUAUCCCGACGCUGACCCCGGUGUUCAUGAUCAACAUUGCGCUGUGCGCGCUCAGCAUCGGACUGCUGUUCUGGUACAGUCGCGUCGUGUACAGGACGAAGCUGGCGCUGCUGGCUGACGUCGAGAAUGCGUUCCGGAUCGUAUCACCGCCGAACGACCUGCGAUCCCCGCUGGGAUCAGACAAGGUGGAUUUUGAAAACAACUAA